GUAAUCUCAUAAAAUGGUAUUCUUUCUCAUUUUUUCUUCUAUCUUCUACUUUCUUAGUCUUUGAUUUUUGUCCUUCUUCUUUUUAUGCCUCAACAGAUGCCCCCUUGAUCCUUUCUUUGUUCUUCUGAAUCAAAGAAUCAAGAUCAAUCACAAAUUUUCACUUUUGCAAUUGUUUGCGCGGCCCGCGCAACGGACACUCAAAAACUGCACUCGGGCUUCAUCCCUUAUAAAUACCAGCUGCCUUCACUCAUUUCCCAUUUCCCAUUCCUAGUGAAGCUCUGUCCUUUUGCUAUCUCCCCGCGCAAUCAACAUCGUUUGCGCAACCCGCGCAAACCCCUCUUUUGCAGAAUUUCCAAACUUAGGAAUUUUCAGACUUUCUUUUUCUGAGACUAGACUUUUUCACCAUGGCCCGCACUAAAAGGACUUUCCGUAUCAUUGAACCUUCAACCGCUCAACCUUCUCAUCAAGAACUACCAAAUCCUCCGUCUUCACAAGUUACUGAACCAUCACCAUCUCCUCCCCAACCAUCACGUAAACGUUUCAAAACCACUAGCAAACGUCCCGCCUAUAUAAAGGAACUCGUGCUUCCUGCCUUCUAUUUCACCAAUCGGAUCGCUACACUGCCUUCUCCUAUCCACAGGGCAAUCUCCAUGGGCGAGAUUGAACGACCACCGAGACAUGGUCGAGAUUAUGUCUGGGACGAGUGGCUAAAAACGACGACUCAUUUGCCGACGAUGAGCCAAAAGCCACCGACGAGAGAAGACACUCCCCCACCAUCUAGGUCGAAGAAAACCUGUCGCAACAAAGCCGAGGAGUUCCAGGAGAAAAUCAGAGAACAUAAUAGAAAGAAACUCCAGAACUCCUGGGAGUCAAUUCAGGUGAUCAAGGGUAUUAUGAAAUUUAAUAACCCUUAUAAGCAAGGCAUGGUCGUGAUCCCACUGAGCCUUCACCGCCAUCAGUCUAUUCUCAACUUUGAACCGAGAGAUCAAAUGGACGGAGAGAAACUGGCCUUCACCAAAUCCUGGUCAUCGAGGGAAUUGAAAAUUUUGGAAGGUAUCUUGCUGCCGAAGAAGCCAAGGCAACAGAUUGGCGAUAUUCACUAGAUGAUCUUCCUCACCCCUUCUCAUAAUCCGCACAAUUUAUUCCCGACUCAUUUUUUCCAGACGCUUCAACAAUUUUUCAGAGAACGUCAAUCGAUUUGGAGUCCGGAAGAAUUCAGAACGAGAGGCCUCCUGACUUCUCAUGACUACUAUCCUGGAUGGGCAACAACGAUUUUAGCCAAGCAUUUGAAAAUCUUGGUCAAGAUUGAUCUUUAUAAUGCGAUAGAAGCUACAUCGCAACAUUUCUACAAGGAGCCCACCAUUCUGAAAGGCUUCCUUAAUUAUUGGUGUCCCUCAACCAACUCGUUGCAUCUUCCUGCGGGCGAGAUGAGUAUCACGCUCUGGGAUCUUCAUCGAAUCGUUGGUCUUCCAAUAACCGGGAAAUUCUACGAUGAGUUUGUGCCGACUAAUGAAGAACUGACCUAUAUCUCCUCACCAGGCAGCGUUACUUCUAUCUUAGAAACGACUACCGAACUUUUUAAGAUGUCCAAAUUCCCAAACAUUCACAAGAUUUCCCCCUUACAAUGGCUUGCGCACUUCAGCAGAGCUCUCUGGUAAUUUCUCUUUCUUGCGGACUAGCAAUUUCUUAUUUUUUCUAAUACAUACUUAUUAUCCAUGUUUUUUUCUCUUCCCGGGUUUAACGGUAGCCGUUUGCGAGAAUUGGAGGAUCUUCGUGAAAAUAUAAAAGAACGUCCAGAGUAUACUCUUGACGGGGAACUCGUGGCCUUUCUUGUGUACGGGCUGAGUGUAGUGGUCCUGCCCAGCUCGAAGUGGGCAGAUGUUAUUCGCCCAAUGGUGUUUGUUGUCGCUGGUGCAAUGGCUGAAGGGUUCAAAUAUUCUCUCACUCCUCCAGUCCUAUGCUCAAUCCAUAGGGCUUUUGGAGAGAUUGCUUCCCAUGUCAAAAGUCCUUCUAUCGACUCUUCUUCCACUUACACUCCCUGGCACUACUUCACUAGCUGGCUCGGCGUAUACUUUCCUUGGACUUUUGAAGUUUCUGAGAAGGCUUAUAUUCACCCCUCCCGUAUUCUACUCUGUUUUUUCCAGAAGAGAGCUAAUGCGAAAAGAUCUUACGAUUGGGUCAUUGAUGCAAUUUCUUCUAAUGAUAACAUCAACUACAUCCAUUUCUGCCUAUAUCGCUACACAGAGGAUGCAGAUAAAAUAGAUACUAUAUCAC